GUUAUAAAAUAUUAUUUUUAUUUUUAUUUUCACCUGUUAUAAAUUGUUAUCUGCGAGUUGCCGACAAGAAUGCGCGCGGCCGAGGUAAAUGAACAGAAUCGAAAAAAAGGCGCCGCCGGGCAACGGGUUUUGCGGAAUGAGAUUUUUUUACGCAGAUAGGUCGCGUGCGCGCGUCGUUCGCGUGUCGUCUCGGAAGCGAACCGGCAACCGGCGGCCGACGACCGCAGUAGUUGUUCCGACGUCGUUGUCGGUCGGUCGGUUGGUCUGUCUGUUUGUCGGUCGGGCCGGGUCGGACGAGCGUUCGCGCACGUUUUUUCAAUACCGUUUUUUUCCCAAUCGGUUUUCGUUCGUCAAUCGUCCAUAUAUAUAGUGUCGUGUGUCGGUCGUCAACUAUCGCUUAUCGUAUCGGUGUUCGACCAUCCCACGACUGCUGCGCUGCUGCUGUUACUGUUGCAAAAAAAAAAAAAAAAAAACACACACACACAGAUUUGUUUGGACCGAAUUUCGCCGGAUUUUGCGUCGCAAGUCUUUUGCUCGUUGACGAAAAUAAUUUGAAUGUUGACAUAAACAUUCGCACACGGUUGGAGGCCGGGUUAGUCCCUCAGGAUCAAAAAGACGACAUCCACAACGACUAGGAUGGAUACGGCCGGAACAGGAGUAGGAGUCUGUGGAGGGGGCGUCCAUUGUAGCGGAAAACAGCCUUCCAGAACGUGGCGCAGACUGAGCUUGAAACAAUACAAGAGAGCUCCAACCCAGGACACCGCAGAGAGAACUCCAAAAAAAUGGACAAGCCUUCGACAACACCGCAAAACAGCAGAGGAGUCUGUAACUGAAAUGGAAUCGUCACCGCAGACACAAAGACGCACUAAUUGGGCGGUUUAUCAACAUUUUUCCACAGCUUCCGACUCACCAACUCCAUUGCUGAGCCGCGGUGCCAGCGAAACAGUCAAUUACUCGGAAUCCGAUCAGCAGCCAGACGCGUGCGAAAGGGUUUCGCUAUCGCCCAACAACAAGUUCGUGCCUGGUCUAUCUGAAGACAAUGGGGACAUUUUACGCGAUUUUUCCAAGCUCGGAUGUUGCCAAAAAAUCACCACACUGUUGACUUCAUCACACCAGUUCAAUAAUUUACAGGUGGAAAUGCUCUACCAAAGAUAUUUUCUGCGAACCAACCAAAGCCACAUGGUCCACUUGUUGGUGCUGCUCUGUAUACUGUUUACGUGUAUGGCAAUAGCAGUCGUCCUUUCCGACUACGAGACUCAGGUUCAAUGUUCCUUGUUACUUUUGUGUUGUAUACUUAUUUACCUAGUCAUAAUAGGCAUAGUGUCGCGGUCCGGAUUGAACGAAGUAUAUCUAAGUUUCGUGUCCUACGUGGUGCUGGCCACUUUUCUGCUGAUUGAAUUGUCUUUCGGCGUAUUGACCAGAUCCCAAGCAGUCACUGUACCUACGUUAGUGUUCGUCUAUAUUUCUUACAGUUUGCUGCCGGUCAAGUUACAGUACGCCAUUGUGGCUGGUACUGUUUUCAUGUUGUCGCAGUUAAUAUUCACUCUGUCUAUGGAACAGGGCCUAUCAAAACAGAGUUUCAUUAAUUUGCUAUUGUUAGCGUGCACAAACGUGACUGGUGUUAUGAUGCAUUACCCAAAUGAAGUGGCAAAGAGACAAGCAUUCUUAGAGACCAGACAAUGCGUCCAGGCGAGACUGACUACGCAAAAAGUUAAUCAACAACAGGAGAGGUUGCUUUUGUCAGUACUGCCCCGCCACGUCGCUAUGGAAAUGAAGGCCGACAUCGCAGGUAAACGCCACGACAGCAUGUUCCACAAGAUUUAUAUACAAAAGCACGAGAAUGUCAGCAUUUUGUUCGCGGACAUAUGCGGUUUCACUAGUUUGUCCGACCAGUGUACGGCUCAAGAACUCGUUAGGCUACUAAACGAAUUGUUUGCGAGGUUCGAUCGGUUGGCUCAAGAAAACGCGUGUUUGCGAAUCAAACUGUUGGGGGACUGUUAUUACUGCGUGAGCGGUCUGCCCGAGCACAGGCCCGACCACGCCAACUGUUGCGUCCAAAUGGGUUUAGACAUGAUCGACGCCAUAACGUUGGUGAGAGACGUGAUGGACGUCAACGUCAACAUGAGGGUGGGUAUACACUCGGGCCGUGUGCACUGCGGCGUCCUGGGACUUUGCAAAUGGCAGUUCGACGUGUGGUCAAACGACGUGACGUUGGCGAAUCAAAUGGAAAGCGGUGGAAUACCCGGGAGAAUACAUAUUACUGCGGACACCCUAAAAUAUUUGGGCAACGCUUACCAAGUGGAACCCGGCAACGGCGGUGAGCGGAAUGCGUUUCUAAAGGACCACAACAUCGAAACGUACCUUAUAGUACCGCCGGAAACGACUUACGUAUCUCAAUACUACAAAAAACAGAGUCCUGGGCAUGCUCAUAAUGGCAAUAUAUCAAAAGAAUUCAGGAUCAUGGGACAUAACCAACGUCAUAAUACAUUUACAUGCAAAGACGAACCAGAAUUGAAUCACGGUGAAGUGGACGAAUACCUGUUGUGUGCCAUCGACGCCCGAAGCAUCGACCGUCUCAAAUCACAGUACUGCUACCCUAUAACGUUGAAAUUCCGCGACGCCAACAUCGAACAAAUCUACAGCAAAGUGCCCGACCGGAUGCUCUACACCUACAUGACGUGCACGGUGUGUAUAUAUUCGGCUAUCACCGCCGGUCACGUGAUUAUUCUACCGCUGUCCUAUUUGUUACUGGGAUGUUUAGUAGUCGGAUGGCUGACGAUCGCCCUGUCAGCGGUUGUAAUAUUUCGCAAUCGCUUGAUGGAACUUACGGAACCGCUGAAAAAAGCGUCUCAAACAAUCAACCAGAAUCGGUCCAUAGCUCAAUCGUUGGCUCUAGCCAUAAUCGUCUGUUGCUUUUUGACUUCCAUGACACCGCUGAUCAUUCACAAACUAGAAGUGUGCUUCAACGAGCAAAACAAAAAUGCCACCGAAGUAUUUGUCGUCGAAAAUCCGAUUAUGCGGGAGAGCGCUUGUCAACUUUUAUUCAACUACUUGACCGUGUGCGUUAUUAUCCUGAUGAUAUUGGUUGCAGUGUACCAAGUGCUCAUCAGUCUAGUCAAACUCUCCUUGUUAAUAUUUAUAUCGACUUGUUAUUUUAUAUUUUCCAGCAUAUUUCUUAAUCACAGGCCAAUAGAAGAAUCGUUUUGGAUUCGCAUACUCAUGUUUGUCGUUAUGUUGGGACUGAUUGUUGCGUUAAUUUUACAAGCACAGCAGACCGAAGUUACUUCUCGACUAGAUUUUUUGUGGAAAUUACAAGCUACAGAGGAAAAAGAAGACAUGGAACAUUUAGAAGCUUAUAACCGUAAGCUUUUAGCAAAUAUUCUUCCAGUUCAUGUGGCCGAACAUUUUUUGACUUUGGACAAACCCGUAGACGAACUAUACCACGAGCAGUGCGAUAGCGUGUGUAUAAUGUUUGCGUCCAUACCGAACUUCUCCGAAUUCUACGUGGAACUGGAGGCCAACAACGAGGGUGUUGAGUGUCUACGACUCCUGAACGAGAUCAUUGCCGACUUCGAUGAGCUGCUCAGCGAACCGCGUUUUCAGUGCAUCGAGAAAAUCAAGUCGACCGGCGCCACGUAUAUGGCCGCUUCCGGACUGACCAAGCACACAUGUGAUAACAAACAAUACUCGCACGUAACCGCAAUGGCCGACUACGCACUCAGACUCCGCGAGCAGUUGGCAUACGUCAACGAACACUCGUUUAACAAUUUCCGCAUUAGAAUUGGUAUAAACAUUGGUUCAGUGGUGGCGGGAGUAAUCGGAGCUAGAAAACCUCAAUACGACAUCUGGGGCAACGCCGUGAACGUGGCAAGCCGAAUGGAUUCGACCGGAGUGUUGGAUAAAAUUCAAGUGACCGACGAGGUGUAUGAAAUAUUGAAGCUAAAAGGAUACCCAUUGACUUGUCGUGGUGUCAUCGAAGUGAAAGGCAAAGGAAACAUGGUUACCUAUUUUUUGGACAAUUAUGCUCAGCAAAAUUAACCGAUGUUGACAUACGUAUUGUUAUUGUUGUUAUUACGAAUCAUAAAAUUAUAUAAUUAUCGUUGUAAAUAAAAUUUCGAUGUAU